AUGAACUCUGCCAAGUUACUUACUAUUCUCACAUCAAACGACUCUGCUGCCAGGUUUGCCGCCACCAAGCUAUUGGUCGACCUGCUCAACAAGGACGAUGGCUCUGCGCAACUCGUAGCCAUUCUCAAGGCUCAACAGCAAGCUGGAAGUAUGACUUCCGGCUGGAGCAUUGCCAACUCGGUCGCCACGAUCGCCGGAACGCUGGUCCAGUUCAUUCCAGAGAUCGGUCCCAUCGCCGGUCGUGCCAUGAUCUCCAUGUGGAAUGUGCUGUUUUCCUUCAAGAAUGGAAUGGACAUCAACAAGAACUCCGACAAGACUUCGCAGGUCAUCACUGCAUACAAGACGCUGAUCAAGGCCACGGUCAACAGGGCCAUUGGUGUCUACGACAGUGAGGCACUGCAUGCUGCCUAUGAGGGAGCCUCCACAUAUCUCAAGGCCUACACUACGGCACUCUCUGUUUACCUUCGCAACCCGAGCGUCGAGAACAACAAGGAGACGCUGAGAAUUGCCAUCUUUGAAGCUGAGAAGCAGUACGCCAACAUCAUCGCUCAGUGCAAAAAGGAGAGCCACGUAAUAGCCGAGCUCUACAUGUUUGCCAUGUGUGCCAGCAUCCGUCUUUCGCUGCUGAGAGACGCCAUCCUCCGUGGCCAGGAGUGGGGCAUCACGGCCGACUACAUUGCCACCUACUAUCAGGCGGAGUUCACCAAGUGCAUCGCCGAGUACACCAAACACUGCACCACCACCUACAAAGCCGCCGUCGACAAGCUCAAGUCCUCGACGACAAGCGACGUCAACCUCUUCAACACCAUCACCGACCUGCGCAACGCCAUGAUCACAUACGUCUUUGACCUGGUCGCCGUGUGGCCGUUGCUCAAUCCGGCCGAGUUCCCGGAAGGAGUCUACAUGCACCAGAAGACGCGUCUGCUGAUGUCCGACGUGGUCGGACUCCCCGUCAACCCGGGCGCCAUCAACACCAAGGACUACUACACCGCCACCUACGACAUGAUCGACCAGAAGAUGCACGAGUACCAGUACUACCUGUACCGUGGCGAGCACGACAAGUUUUGCUCACAGGCCGACGAGACUGGCAACCGCCUUCUCUGGAUCCAGAAUUCGUUCAAGACCGGCAACUCGUCGCCUAACCUCCCAUCCUGGGCGUCGCCUGGCACUAUGCUCGGCCCACCAGGCGGGGUCAGCCCGAUCAGCACGACCACCUCGCCCUUCAAGACUAUCGGCUUCAGCAACUCGGUGCAGGAGAGCAUCGUUAUCUAUGCCGACAUCAUCCCGCGCAGCUUCGAGUGUUCGGUCGGCGGCGACAUCACUGGCGGCCCCUUCGACAACAACGAGGCCAAGAGAAAUGGCGACUUUGCCGUCCUGUUGGGCACUGAGAACAGCUGGCACUGUGCCGUAGAUCAGUACAAGUUCCCCAACAUGCCGACCAAGUUCAGCUACGAGAAAGAUGCCGUCCAAGAUCACUACAUCAACCUGCCCUACGCGAUCCCCUUCCUCAACAACAUCAUCACGACGUACCAGUUCGCCGGCCACUGCAUCUACCAUCCAUUCGGUCUGGGCAUCAACAAGGACCCAAUGGUCCGCCCGGCCGGUACCAUGGACUCGGCCUGCAUCGCCUUUGCGCCGAUCGGUCUCAACAACUUCAACUACGUGUUCAACAGCAAGGGCGCUACCUACCUCGAUCCCAUCAAGUGGUCCUUCCAUACAGGAGUGACGUUUGUCGAGGACUCUUUCAUGCCCGGCGUGAACGAGUGCAUAGUCAAUGCCGGUUGCUCGAUCACCUACAAGAUGGACCCAACCUUUGCUGGCUCAAAGGUGUUCUACCUGCGCUUCAUUGUGCGCACCAAGGUCGCCAGCAAGAUCACUGUCAGUUGGAGCACCAGCAACUACGACAUCAAAGUGCCCGUGUGCACAAUCUACGAUGUGUUGGAUGCCGGCACGUUGCCCGCCAUCACCCUGUCGAAAGCGAACCUCGAGCAGAACAAGUUCACCAUCAAGGUUCCGGCAGGUAGUGCCCCACUCUCUCUUCGAUCAAUCAUCCUGUUGCCGAAAGGCGCCUAA